UUUACGCGUGGCAGUCUGACAGUAAUUGUGCCUCACCUUCAAUAUGCCCGAACUUGCAACACUCAAAUUCUACAAACCAAAUUUCUCUCGCUAAAGAUCCCAUAACCAGAAUCGUUUAUAUGAGUCGCUUGACUCGCCUACUCACCGGCGUCAGCUCGUCUGAGUCACUUCUUUCUCCCUUACUCCAAGUAUCAUUCAAUAAAUUCCCUCCUCGUUUUCCCCAAACAAUCUCGCCUUUUCCCUGUUUCAAACAAUUCACGCCCCUCAAAUCCCUAGAAUUUACCACUUUUUCCACAGCCACAAACCGUCCCAAUUACAAACCAAAACUGCUGACAAUGGAGUCGAAAUGGAUGGAAUCGGAUCCCCCGAGCGGCGAGGAUUUUGUGCACAUCGAAAACCCUAACCCUAAUGUCGUGGAAGCAUUAAGCGAUAGCAUCGUGAAAGUUGAAGAAGAAGAAGACGAAGAAGAUAUGCAAAACGAGGAUUGCGAUGACAACAGUGACGACGACGUUUCGAGGAAUGAAAGAUCUGAUUCUUCGGAGAGAAGGAAGGUGGAGCUCCCCGAGGAGCUUUCUAGGAGCGUUAUGGUUCUGACGUGCGAGUCUUCUGCUGAGGGUGGCAUUUGCGAGGUGUACUUGGUUGGGACUGCGCAUGUCUCUCAGGAAUCGUGCAGAGAAGUUGAAGCUGUAAUCAGUUAUUUGAAACCACAGGUUGUUUUCUUGGAGUUAUGCUCAAGUCGAGUUGCGGUGCUUAGUCCCCAAAAUUUAAAGGUGCCAACCAUGGGAGAAAUGGUAGAUAUGUGGAAAAAAAAUCAUAACAUGUUUGGUAUACUUUACAGUUGGUUUCUUGCCAAGGUUGCUAGUAGGCUUGAGGUUUUCCCUGGGUCUGAGUUUCGUGUUGCAUUUGAAGAAGCAAUGAAGUAUGGUGGUAAGGUGAUUCUUGGUGAUCGACCUGUGCAGAUUACAUUGCACAGAACCUGGGGAAAAAUGCCACUUUGGCAUAAGACAAAAUUACUGUAUUCCUUACUUUUUCAAGCUGUCUUCUUGCCAAGCCCUGAAGAUCUUAACAAAAUGCUGAAGGACAUGGAUGAUGUUGACAUGCUGACUCUUGUGAUUCAAGAAAUGAGCAAGGAAUUCCCAACUCUAAUGGAAACUCUUGUGCAUGAGCGAGACCAGUUUAUGUCCUCCACAUUACUAAGAAUUGCGAGCGAGCAUAGUUCAGUUGCUGCAGUCGUUGGUAAGGGGCACUUGCAAGGAAUUAGGAAGCAUUGGAAGCAGCCUGUUUCGAUAAAUGAUCUCAUGACAGUUCCGUCAAAGAAACCGACAGUUUUUACCGGCAAAAUUCUGACAUCCCUGGGCAUUGCCGCCGGGGUGGCUAUCAUUUCGGGCAUCUAUCUUGCAACCAAGAAAUAAUCCACUAGUAACAUUUUUGAUUGAGCAAACUCAAAAGAUUGCAGUCUUCAUAGAUUUUGGCGAAAAAGCUUCCCCAAGAUUCUUAUUGAAUCUUGAUGCAACCAAUAACCAUUUUCUUUCCUUUUAAAAAUUGGGCCUAACUUUUGACAAAAACAAAUACUUUACAUGAUUUUUUUUUCUAGAAAUUAGUUGUAAUUGAAUAAAUUGUGUUAAAAAUAUUUUUAUCAUUUUGUGUCCUUGUUUUUAACU